CGAACAGCAUCGGGCCGCGGGACCAUGAGAGGACCGGAGCCGGGUCCCGAGGCUACAAUGGAGGGGGACGUGCUGGACACACUGGAGGCCCUGGGAUAUAAGGGACCGCUGUCAGAAGAACAAGCCCUCACCAAGGCUGCCGAGGGUGGACUCUCCUCACCUGAGUUUUCAGAGCUCUGUAUUUGGCUAGGCUCUCAAAUAAAAUCAUUAUGCAACUUGGAAGAGAGCAUCACUUCAGCUGGGAGAGAUGACCUGGAGAGCUUCCAACUUGAGAUAAGUGGUUUUUUAAAAGAAAUGGCCUGUCCAUAUUCUGGACUCGUAUCAGGAGAUAUUAAAGAGCGUUUAAAAAAGAAGGAUGACUGUUUGAAACUUCUGUUAUUUUUAAGUACAGAACUUCAAGCUUUACGGAUAAUACAGAACAAGAAAUGUAAAAAUUCUCAAUUAGAUAAAAACAGUGAAAUUUAUCAGGAAGUUCAAGCUAUGUGCGAGACCCUUGGUAUACCGGAGUCACCUGCUUCUGACAUUCUGCUUAUGCUAAACCAAGUGGAAUCAAAGGUAAAGGAUAUUCUCUCUAAAGUCCAGAAAAACCAUGUGGGAAAACCACUGCUGAAAGUUGAUUUAAAUCCAGAACAGGCGGAAAAACUGGAAAGAAUUAACCACACCCUUUCCUGUGAAUAUGAGUGCCGCCGGCGCAUGUUAGUGAAGCGAUUAGACGUGACUGUGCAGUCCUUUGGUUGGUCAGACAGGGCAAAGGUAAAAACAGAUAACAUAGCAAGAAUUUACCAGCCUAAGCGCUAUGCUCUGUCACCCAAGACAACAGUCACAUUGGCGCACCUGCUUGCCGCUCGUGAAGAUCUGUCCAAGAUCAUUAGGACAAGCAGUGGCACCAGCCGGGAGAAGACGGCGUGCGCCAUUAAUAAGGUGCUGAUGGGAAGAGUGCCUGACAGGGGAGGACGGCCAAAUGAAAUUGAACCACCACCCCCGGAAAUGCCCCCUUGGCAAAAGAGACAAGAAGGCGGCGGAAGGGGUGGUUGGGGGAGUGGUGGAGGUGGUGGAAGAGGAGGUGGUGGGGGUGGACGAGGUGGCUGGGGAGGUGGAGGUGGAGGUGGCUGGGGAGGGGGAGGGGGAGGAGGAUGGGGAGGUGGUGGUGGGGGAGGUGGGGGUAGAGGAGGUUUCCAAGGCAGGGGAGACUAUGGUGGGAGGGGUGAUUAUGGUGGGAGAGGGGGCUAUGGGGGAAGAGGGGGCUAUGGUGGGAGAGGCUAUGGAGAUCCAUAUGGAGGAGGGGGUGGAGGUGGGUACAGAAGAUACUAAGAAGUGCAAAAAGUAGGCCGCAGUGCUUCUCGCUAGUGCACUAGGCAGUGUUCUAGUAACAUGCCUGA